CUUAUGGUAAUAUCAUAGCGUAUAAUAUCUAUUCCUGUCAACAUGGUUGUGUUUUUUAAUUUGCCUGAAAUUUUAUUAUGACAAAAAAAUUGUACAAAAACUAGUAUACUAUUUGAAAAAAUGAUAACGAAGAGCUCAAGGUUCAGUUUGAAUAUUUUCACAGAUUCAUUUAUUUUACAUUUUGUACCUCGUAAUUCUGUAUUGAAAUAAUUCCUCAGAAGAGAGAAUAUCUUCCUAGAAAAACGUUACUAAGAUGGCUAUGCUACCUCCCGACCCUGUUCAUCGCUUCAAGGAAGAUAUGGGAUAUAUCCAUUGCCUCUGCUUUUGGACAAGAGGAAAUAAUGAUUAUGUUUCCCACAUAUUGGCAGCAACAGAAAAAGGAAUUGUUUAUUUUUGGGAUCUAGAGACGAAUCGACUCCAACAUAAACAAAAGAUGGGCAAUUCCAUUCAGGCUAUCCAUUGCGUAAAUUUCAAUAUCAUUACCCAAGAUAAAGCUGGAUUUGUUAAUUUGUGGUCAGUUAGAGGUAGCAAAUAUGAAAUAACGGACAGCAGAGAUUGUAGUGGCGGAUAUUGCAAAAGUAUAUUGUUCGAAGGCUCUUUAAUAAUUGCCAAAGAAGAUGGAUGCAUUGAAAUAUUGCAAGUAUAUAAUCUCCAAAAAGUAAAGGAAUUGAAACCUAAUAAGGAAGGCCUGGGACAUAUUAUGAUACUAGACCAGGUUUUAUUAGAUAAUAAAGUUAUUAUUAUAGCUGGCUAUGAAACAGGUCAUUUGGUGAUAUGGAAUAUGGAAACAUCCGAAUGUUAUGGAUUCUUGAAAGUACAAGAACAUUUACUAUCCUUAACAUUUGAUCCAGAAACUAGGCGAGGUAUAUGUGGGAAUACCUCGGAAACUUUGCAAGUGUUUUCUAUAAACAACGACUAUAAAAUGGAACUAAAAGCAGAAGUGUCGAUGACAAACGAUGGCUGCAACGUUCUGAAACUGCGACGGCCAGAGUCGAAAAUUAUGCUCGCAGGUUGUAGCGACGGUAAAAUAAGGGUCUAUUCUUGGAGAACACUGAGAGUACUGGCAGCUCUGUCAGGACACAAUGGACCUGUUACUGAUAUACAAUGUUCACCUUGUAAAGUCAACUUUUGGAAAGCUAAAAUCUUUGCUGCUAGUGGCGCUGAUGGAGUUAUAAGUCUGUGGAAUGUGUAUAACUGAAAUUUGAAAUGUUUCUAUUGCUGUAGAUUUUUGAACGAUUGUCUUGAAGAUUUUUUGAUAAUUCGUAUAUUUUAUGUUCAAAUGUUAAUUUUAAUGAUAUAGUAGUUGUAAAU